UUCGAAGCGCAUCAUACCAGCUCCCUGAUGGUUCUAGCCUAAUUAUUCCUGGCCAGAAACCCAACCUUUCAUCUGCUCUGAGGCAGAAUCAGACUCUUCGUUCUGCAGGACUUUACCGUCUGUCAGAAAACUCAGGACUGUCAGGCAUACCUCAACCCACCCCUCCCAACCUGAUGUCUGCGAUGAGGAAUGAAGAACUCCGUAGUUUCAGUUACAGGCUGCCUGAUAAGUCUCCACUCACACGCCGGUUCCACAACCCCAAGCUGUCUGAUGCCAUCCAAAACCAGCAUCUCCGCUAUGCCUCAUACAGGGUGCCAACAGGCCUGCAGGGUGAGGAUAACUGCUACGCUGUGGUUCCCCCCUACGGGCCUCGCUCAGGCCACUGGGCCAGGAAUGCCCGAGGAGGAGGAGGUGAAGGAGGGGAGGAUUUUUGGGCAGCUGAGAAGGUUUUACCUCAUGGAACAGUCCAGAAUCUGACAAAGUGGUCCAUGUACAGAGAGGAUGGCGUGUUAGAAGGAUACUAUCCCACAUCUCAUUUUGUUGAUGGACCUCAUGACCCAGACUGGACUCCUGACAGAGAUAGAGCACCUGGUCAAAACUGGUAUGACAAGAUCUACUCUAUCCUAAGCAUGCCCACAGCAGGCUACAGGGUGAAACGCUGGGCCGAGGGAAUGGAGGACAUGACACAGCUGCCUGAGCUGAAUGAGACCACAGUUCUGAUGAACCUGAAGAAGCGCUACGACCAGGAACUUGUCUAUACCUACAUAGGCAGCAUCCUCGUGUCUGUGAAUCCAUACAAGUUGCUCAACAUUUACGGCACAGACAUGGUGCUUCAGUAUGAAGGCCACGGCCUGGGUGACAACCCUCCUCAUCUUUUUGCCAUUGCUAAUCUCGCAUAUAACACCAUGAUGGAUGCCAAAAAGGACCAGUGUGUUGUGAUCAGUGGAGAAAGUGGGUCAGGAAAGACCGAAGCUACAAAACUGAUCCUGCGUUACCUGACAGCCAUACAUCACAAACGCAACGUCUCACAACAGAUAGAGAUCCUGGAGGCCAUGCCCCUGUUGGAGUCCUUUGGGAAUGCCAAAACGGUGCGCAAUGACAACUCUUCACGCUUUGGCAAAUACACACAGAUCUUCAUGGAGCAUGGUGUAAUCAGCGGUGCCAUAACGUCUCAGUACCUGUUGGAGAAGUCCCGCAUUGUCUUUCAGGCCAAAUCGGAGAGGAACUACCACAUCUUCUAUGAGAUGUUGGCUGGUCUUCCUCCUCAUGAUAAGAGCUCACUGUAUCUGCAGGAGGCUGAGACUUACUACUAUCUGAAUCAGGGAGGAGACUGUACCAUAGAGGGUAAGGAUGAUGGGGAGGACUUCAGGCGUCUUCUGAAUGCUAUGGACAUCCUGUGUUUCACCCCAGAGGAGCAAAAUGGCAUCUACAGACUGUUGUCCUCUGUCCUUCAUCUGGGCAACGUCUACUUCCAGCCACACCAGGCUGAGGGUCAGGAGGCCGCGUCAGUGGUGAGUGCACAGGAGAUCAGGGUUGUCGCUGAGCUGCUGCAGGUCUCGCCUGACGGCCUGCAGAAGUCCGUCACCUUCAAACUGACAGACACAGUGCGAGAGAAGAUCUACUCUCCGCUCACGGUGGAGAGUGCUGUUGAUGCCAGAGAUGCUGUUGCCAAGAUCCUGUAUUCGCUACUGUUUAGUUGGCUGACAGAGCGCGUCAAUGGACGGGUCUACCCUCGCAACGAAGCCCUCUCCAUCUCCAUCCUGGACAUAUAUGGAUUUGAGGAGCUACAGGUGAACAGCUUUGAGCAGUUGUGCAUCAACUACGCCAAUGAAACUUUGCAGUUCUUCUUUAACAGAGUCAUCUUCCAGGAGGAGCAGGAGGAGUACAUGCGGGAGCAGAUCGAGUGGCAUCAGCAGCCUUUCAGCCUCAACCAAGCCUGCCUGGACCUCAUUGCUGCUAAGCCUCAUGGAAUACUUCGCAUACUGGACGACCAGUGCGGUUUCCCUCAGGCAACAGACCACACCUUCCUUCAGAAGUGCCACUAUCACCAUGGAAACAACCCGCUGUAUGCCAGGCCAAAGAUGCCACUGCCAGAGUUCACCCUCAAACACUACGCAGGGAAGGUCACCUAUCAGGUGAACAAGUUCUUGGACAAGAACUUUGACAUGGUCCGCCAGGACGUUUUAGACCUCUUCAUUCAGAGCAAGAACAGAAUGGUAUCCAGCCUCUUCUUGAAGCACUCAGAGUCUGUGUCACAGCAGAGGUCUAACGACCGCCGCAGCAGCGCCGCGCGUCGUUAUCACGCCAAUACGGUCAGCGCCAAGUUUCAGAGCAGCCUGCAGGAGCUGGUGGAGAAAAUGGAAAGGUGUAACCCUUAUUUUGUGCGAUGCAUCAAGCCAAACCAUCACAAGGAGCCGGGAGUGUUCGACAAUGAGCUGGUCAACACUCAACUGCAUUACUCUGGUAUCAUGGAGACCAUUCUCAUCAGAAAGGAGGGUUAUCCAUACAGAUUACACUUUCACAGCUUCCUAUCAAGGUACAAAUCCUUGCUCUGCCUGUGGGAGCUGCCACCAGCAGAUGGAGAAAACUGCAUCAUCAUGCUCCACAAGCUCGGCCCAGUAAAGAAAGGCUCGUAUCAGGUGGGAGUCAGUAAGAUUUUCCUGAAGGAGGAGUUGUAUCAGCUGCUGGAGGGGAAGCGCGACCGCGUGCUGAACCUCGCUGCCAUGACACUGCAGAGAUACACUCGCAUGUGUUUUGUACGGAAAAACUUUCUCAAGUUCAAGCGCCGCAUCACGCUGUUUGAAGCUCGCAGCAAGGGCUACGUGGCCAGAAAAAAGUUUACGCUGAGGAGAAAGUACCUCAUCAGGUUCCGCUCUGCCGCGCUGCUCAUCAUCAACCGCCAACGUUACAUGAGGACAGUGCUAGAGCCUGCAAGGAAGGCAGAGGAGGAUCGCAUCAACAGAGAAGUGGUGAAUGUGGCAACACUGCCAAUCCCUGCUGAGCUGGCUGCCCUGCUGAACCUGGCCUCAGGUGGCGAGGAGCUGCACUCUGAGUGUCUGGCCGUGGUCCAGGCUCCAAAGGUUCAGGUUGACCCUCAGCUCACUCUGCCCCUGGAUAUCAACAACUACCUCAUGACUCACUACAUACGGGCCAUAUUUAGGGAGCCAUUGUUCGGGAUGCUGACAGCCCCACUCGAGAAUUCUCUUCUUCGAUUGGAUGAGGAGCUCAAGCAAGGAUCCCUGAACAUUUUCAUUCUGAUACUUAGAUUCAUGGGUGAUCCCAACCUGAAUGGGGCUCAAGAGAAUCUGUUUGGGAACUACAUCAUUCAAAGAGGACUGACCAAUCCCAGCCUCCGAGAUGAGAUCCUGGCUCAGGUAGCCAAUCAGGUGUGGAGGAAUCCGAACAUUUUGAAUUCAGAGCGUGGUUGGCUCCUUCUCUCAUCUUGUCUCUCUGCCUUCCUGCCAUCUCAAAGACUGGCCAAACAUCUGCUGAAGUUCAUGUCUGAUUAUGGGCCCGAGGGUUACGACUGUGUGUGUCAGAACCGUCUGCUUCAGGCUCUGCAUCGUCUGAAUGUCGGGCCAGAGUGCGUCCGGACGUACCCGCCGUGUCUGCUGGAGUGGACCGCCAAUCGCAAGAGGGCACACACUGUCCUGCACAUUCACUGUUUUGACGCUGUUUCCUUCCUGUGUCCUCUGCACUCGUGGACAACAGGGGAAGAGAUGGCCAAGGACAUCUUAAAACACAGGGGUGUAAUGGAGGGCCGUCGAGGCUGGUCAGUACUGCUGAAGGAGCCGGCUCAGCGGGUGGAGCUGGAAGGCUCCGACUACGUUCUGGACUUGAUGUCAGACCUUGAGCUUCCCGCUGACUUCCCCAAAAACAGCAGCUACUUCAUCAUCUCUGCACAGGAACCCACCAGAGUGCGGGCCAACGCCAGCAUCAGCCUGUUGGGUGGUGGAUUUGAAAUAAAUAAUGAUGUCAUAACAUCCACCAUACCUGGCUCUGAUGGACAAGACUUGGAGCCUCAUAGAGGAAUGGAUAGUUAUCUCGACAGCCUGUUUGACCCUGUACUGUCUGAUGGAACUGGGGAAGUAGAAUCAGCUGCGGGACUUUCCAGCAGGAUGAAGGGGGCAGGGGGAGUCGGAGGAGGCUGGCAACAGCAAGGGCAGUCCACUGGUCCCCCACCUCCACCUGGAGCUGUGAGAGUCCUUCCUGUGGGAGGUGUGAUGUUGCCUCCUGUGGUUGCCGUGGCACCUGUAACACCUGAUGCCCAGCAGGCUGUUUUGGCCCAACAGCAGCAGGCAAUCAUGAACCAGCAAGCAGUUAUCAUGGCCCAGCAGAUGACCAUGCAAGCCAUGGCUAUGGUCACCAGCCCAGUGUCAAGCCCUCCCAUGUCCCCGAUUACCAGCCCUCCCUCAAGUCCUCUUCUCUACCAUCCUCAGAGCCCGUACGCCCCGAGCCCGUACGCUGUCAUUCCUCCAAGUCCCUAUGCUAACAUCCCACCCAGCCCCUACGCCAACUUCACCCCCACUCCCUACGCCGCAGCAGAUAUCCCGCCAAGCCGCUAUCCUCCCGCUGCUCAACAGGAACUAACUGCACCACAGCCUCAAGCUCAGCCUGCUCCUGCUGAGCCCCAGACACAGCCCAGAGCUCAGGCUCAGCCUCAGGCAGCCAGCGCCAACCCCAAACCUCAGCCAAGCUCCACUAACGCUAACACUUACCAAAAUGAGCCAGCACCGCCUGAAGCCAACCCCACUGCACAGGCUCAGUCAGGUAAGGACAGCGCUCCUCGCAGGAAGGCUCCGGGUGUCCCCAUAAACAAGGACAAACCAGCCAGGAAGUUUGCCCCAGUCAUGACGUCUCCUCCGCUUGCUGCUGGAGAGGUGGUGAAGUACUCAUCAAAGUCUUCAGAUCACAUUAGCCCCAGCCAAGACAUCCAAGAAAUCAUCAAAAGAUACAACUCACCACCUCCACCAGCAGAACAGCUGCCACCUGGCAAGAGCAGACUGGAGGGAAAGUUCAAGAAGAAGCAAACUGCUCGUGAUGAAGCUUUACAGAUCCUCAAACCACAGAUGGAAAACCCUCCUGCUCCACAGCCCAAACGUCCUGCUGCUCCCAAACCUUCAGCAUCCGCAGUCAAAGAGGUGGAAGUACAAGCCCCCAAGAGCGCGAAGACACGAGCACCUCAUCGACCUCUCCCCAAACCUCCUCCAAUUUCUCGAGAGCUCCCGAUAGAGACAGAGAGCAUCCUGACACAACUUCAUCAGAGCACCAACGAGGAGCACUACACUUACACCAACGUUCCCUGGAGACUGUACCUCAGGAAGGAGGUUUUCUAUCCCAAAGACAGCUUCAACAAUCCUGUGGUUCUGGACCUCAUUUUCAAACAGAUAGUGAACGACACUCUGUCAGAGGCGUGUGUUCGCAUCACCCGGGAUGAAAGGCAGAAAAUGAAAGCUCUUUUCGCAAAACACAGCAUUGAACAAAAUAUGGAUCCAGUGGAGGAGAACGUGAAGAAAGCGGUUGUGACAGCAGCGAGGGAAACCUGGGAAAUUUACUUCUCUCGACUUUUCCCUGCCUCGGGGAGUGUAGGAACAGGUGUGCAGGUGUUGUCAGUGUCACACAGUGGAAUUAAGCUGUUGAAGACUGUGAAAAGCAGCGCUGCCGCUCCAGAUUACUUCAGAGUCCUACGACCGUACACCUAUGCAGACAUUUUGUUUGUCACCAUCCCAUCUGAGAACAUGCUGGAGUUCAACCUGACCCAUGAGAAGCUGAUCCUUUUCUCAGCCAAGGCACUGCAAGUCAAACACCUCAUAGACACCUUCAUCAGUGAGAUUAAAAGGGACUCAGACUAUGUCAUUGCUGAACGUAACUUUGUUAGAGAUGAGCGCUCAAUGCUCAAUUUCCACAAAGGGGACAUCAUCAGGCUUCAGGUCAUGGACGGACUGGAGAAAGGCUACAGUUACGGCUGCGUGGUGAGGAAGAAGGUGGUGUUUUUGGAGGACCUGAAGAGAGACACUCAAGACUUUGGCUGGAAGUUUGGUGCUGUGUUCGGCCGCCCCGGUGCAUUUCCUGCCGAGUGCGUCCAUCCCGUUGCAGCUCCAGACUUCCUGUCACUGCCGCUGGACCGUAAGUCCGAGCCUCGAGGGGGAGCGGGACAGUUCGCUGUGUCUUCUGCCGUCGCUGUUGCCGUAGCGUCCACCAUGGCGGCACAUGAAAUAGAUCAAACAAUUGAGAAAGUUUCCCUUGAUGGCUUUGCUGAAGGAGAUCUGGAUGAAAAGGCCCUGCAGGACAGCAAAUAUGACAUGGUGGAGUUUGCCAGGAAGUACUUCAGACAGGGACCCAGUGGGAGAGGUGAUUCCCUGAAGAGCAAAAGCAAGAACAGAGACCCGAGAGAACCUGUUGAAAUGAUCAAGUUCUCAAAGAAUCCUCUGACUGAGUCUCUGAUCGAGUUCAGUGAUGCAGCCAUGAACAGAGUAGCCACUGAUCUCUUCUUGUCGGCGAUGCGUUUCAUGGGUGAUUCACCUUUACGGGGAGUGACAGAACAGGAAGUGGUCAGCACCUUCCUGAAGCUCAUAGGAGAGUUCACGUUGAUGAGGGACGAGGCUUACUGCCAGCUCCUCAAACAGCUCACGGCUAACACCAGCUCCAAACCUGAUAGUUGCCAACGAGGCUGGAGGCUGCUGUACAUCCUGACUGCUUAUCAUCGCAGUUCUGAAGUCCUUAAGCCUUUCCUCCUGAAAUAUCUGCAGCAAGCCUCUCGCAGCGCUGGUGCACAGUAUCAGGGCAUAGCCAAAGCAUGUGAGCAGAACCUGAAGAAGACGUUCCAGUAUGGCGGCCGCAUUGUUCCACCCAACAACAUGGAGCUGAAGGCUAUGAUGGCGGGACGGAGUUCAAAACGCCAGCUCUUUCUCUUUCCUGGAGGAAUCGAACGCCACGUGAAGAUAAAAACAUGCUCUGUUGCCCUGGAGGUGAUUGAAGAGCUGUGUUAUGAGAUGUCUUUGCACCGACUGGAAGCCAUGGAGGAAUAUGCCAUAUUUUUAGUCACCAACCGAGGUCAGAAUGUGCGUCCUCUGAACAAAAACGAGUACAUCUUGGACGUGGCGACAGAGGCUGAGUUAGUCGACACCAACUACAGCUUUUGGUUCAGAAGAGUCGUCUGGACGCAGGCGCUCAAGUUUGAAAAUGAGCUUUGUGUUGCGAUGCAUUAUAACCAGAUCCUGCCCGACUACCGGAAAGGUCUGCUAAACGUUCUGCCACAUGGAAAAGUCAGCGAACAACAGUUCCACCAGAUUUCCAAACUGGCAGCUUUACAGCACCGAGCCAAGGACAUCAUCUUCAUCCCCAGCAUACAUGAACUAUCAGAGUACAUCGCCACACCUCUGUUCAAAAAGCAGCAACCGCAGCAGUGGGUUACCAUGGUGACGCAGCACAUGCAACAAGUACAGACCUUGAACCCGCACCAGGCCAGAGCACAAUUUCUGGGCCUGGUCAGUGCGUUCCCCAUGUUCGGCUCGUCGUUCUUCUACAUCCACAGCAGCAGCUCCACCACCUUCUACGCCCCCUGUAUUGUUGCUGUCAAUCAACACGGCCUCCACUUUCUGCACAAAAACACACACGAGGUGAUGGUAGGGGUCCCCCUGGUGGAGGUGCAGUCCAGCCGCACCCAGAGGCCCACUGCUGGAACCAGCUACCCGUACGUAGAUCUCACCUUGGGGGACAUGAACACGCAGCGGGUCAUUCAGUUGCAGUUGGAGCAGGGCCUGGAGUUGUGCCGAGUCAUCGCCAUGCAGGUGGAAAACAUGAUGUUGGUGCGGGAGAAGAGGCUCACUCUACCACCCAGUGAAAUCACCAUGUUAUAAGACACACACACAUGUCUGCCUUACCGUGUAUAAACAUAAACAUACUGUCUACAGUGCUGUGCAAAAGUCUUAGGCCACUAUUAGAUUUGUUGUUUUAGCAAUGCUAUAAUGACCAUAACAGUAUAAUAUUUUAUCAAUCACCUUAUUGGAACACAUCCAGAAAAUAUGGGUUACAUGUAAAGAGAAGCAAAAUAACAAAUUUUUCAGUGUCUACAGGUGAGAAUGUCAAGUAUUUAGUGUGACCUACCCUUAUACCUUUAACAAUAGAACGGCCCUGGUUCUCAUAAAACUGGAGUGAAACACUAAUUAAUGUCAUUGGUAGAAACCUUUUUUGUUCUACUAUUUCAUGUCAAAAAAGGUCUAUAUAUAUAUAAAUAUAUGUGUUGUAUGAGUUAAACUCAUUGACACCUUGUUAAUCUAUAUAAGACCAACUUUCAGUCAAAUCAUUGCAAUACUUGGGGUGAGUCAAAAUAUCCAUUUGGUGAUAUAUUGUCGUCCUUCCCCGUGCAAUGCGAUGAUCCAUACACCAGGGCAAAUAUCGAUAUUUUAAUGAAUAAAUAAAGGCGCUCUAAACUAAACAGUGCCUGCCUGUUUCACUAGUCAGGCGUCACUACUUCAUGUCUCCUCAUGGUGGCGCUGCGCAACUGAAUGAGGGAAACUUGGGUGGAAGUUACAGGACGAUGCCGGAGAAAGCUACAUUAAUCAUAUUUAGACUUUAUGCACUUUGUUCUCUAUGUUUUGAAUAGAGAAAUUCUGCACUUUUAACUUUUCACGGAUAUUUGUUUUCUUCAGUCAGACAGAUAUCCCGUCAUAUCGCUAUACGAUUGUCUUCCACUAUGUUAAUUAUCACAUAAUCGUUGUAUCGUGAUAAUAUUGGUAUCGUAUCGUGAGGUACUCUUGAGAUUCCCACCCCUAUCCAAUGCAUAUGCCAAAGAUCACAGAAUUUGACAGACAAAAAAACAACAAAGCUGGUGGUGCCCUAAGACAUUGGCUCUCAAAGUUUGCAUACCAAGUACCAGUUGAGAUAAUAUUGACCCCACAAAAUAACCCCAUUAUCGUCAACGUUAAACUACAGUGGUGUAAAUAGGUCGAGCAAAGUUAGCUAUAGCCUUUCACAGGAGGCAGAUUUAUUCUCAAUAAGAUCAUUUGCUCUCUCAUCAUCCUCCCCUUUCCUCACAUAAUACUUCACACACUGGUAUAGUGAAAUUAAUUAAGAUGGAGCGAGUGAUAAGGUGACUCUCAUUAUUAUUUAUUUUUAUUUGUUUCAUUUUCUAUGCAGUCAAAAUUCCUCAGCUCCACUCCAAUCACAUACCCUGGCGUGUACAGUAGAACAGUAUUGCUGAUAGUACCACCAGAGGAAUGAAGGUGAUGUACCACUGGUGGUACACGUACCACAGUUUGGCAAUCAUGGCCCCAAGACAUAUUUGCAUGGUAGUGUAUAUGAAGACUACCUCUUCUUACUUUCAGGUGUGUGAUGUGUGAAGCUCACACACACACACACAGGCACUCAUGUGAACACAUACGCAUGUGUUUUGUUAUUUAACUGCAAUGCCUGAACACAUUUGUGUCUUAUUUUUCAGGUCGACGCCUUGAUAAUUGCACUUACUACUGUUUUCAUGUAUUUUACAUUAAAUGUGGUUUGUCUGUAUCAAAGGGUUAGGAUUAAUAAUGUACCGUGAGGAAGCAUCACAGGCCUGUGCCUUCUCAUUACAGUGUUUUAUAACUCAUAUGUUUAUUUUUUAUUUUUUUUAUCAAUAUGCUUGACUGUAAAACUUGAUUGGUGUAAACCAUUGUUGUAUUCAACCAAUGUUAAUGUGCUUAUUUUUUUAAAGAAAACUUGAAAGCGA